UCAGUCUGACAUUUUUAAUAUUCUUUGAGGUUAUGUUGUUAUGUGAUAUACAAGUAAAAAAUUUGGAAAGUAAAUAAAUAAUAACUAGCUAAAAUGUUUUCUCAGAAUGCUAUUCUAAAACGCACCAUUCCAAUAUUCGUUCAAACUGCGAGUGCACACAGAAAACCACGAUGGCUACCAGUGGCGAAGAGCAAAAUUUAUCGUAUUCCCAAACGUCCUGUAAUAUCAGAAGACGAGAAAAAGGAACUGCUACGCCUCCACAACAACUAUAGAACACAGAUGAGGGCUAUAAAAAGGUUUUACUUCGACGAAUUAGUGAAGGAGAUGGCUUCUAAGCAGAGCGCGACUUCAGAAAUGUCUCAGCGUUUGGAAGCAGAGGAAUGGUUGCGUUGCGUGGAGCUCAACGAUAAAUGGAACGCGCAAGUUGCGCUCGACCGCGAAGAGAGGAGGAAACAGGAGGUGGCGGCCAUGGAGGAAUACACUCUUGCAAGGAUGGAAGCCAAGGACAAGGAACUAAAGGCGAGGAUCGAAAAGGCUUCCGAGAAGAUUAGGGAAGAGAAGGAGCUGAGCAAGUCCUUCAUCACACCAGAGACUCUAGAUGCAGCAAUAGACCAUGCUAUAGCCAAUCCUACAGACUACAACUUUGCUAUAGACCUUAAAGGUAACAAAUAUAUGGGAAGGGACACACCCACCGUACCUCCAAAGGAAGAAAAAGUUGCAGCAGCUGCUUCUAAUUAAAGAGAAAAUGUAAAAUGGAAUAAAAUUGAAGGAAUGAAACAAUUGCUUGAAUUUGGCUGUUUGUCUAUGAAAUUGUUCUUGUAAAUUUUUUUUACCCCUUCAGUUUGAACACUAUUUGGCAUUUUAUGUAAAUUAGGAUAUUAUAUUGUAAUAAAUUUAAA